UCCCUAUUUUCGAUAAUGUAGUGUGUAAAUAGAUAUAAGCACCCAUCAGAGGUGCUAUUCCAGUUCGGGCGAACCCAUAGCGGCAAUUGCAGGUGGCUGCCCAUCUGCCCGGAUGUAAUGCUGCCCUAUUUAGCCACAUUUUCGAAGCCAGGCACAUGUGUGGAAGCUGUGCACAGGAGCAAAGUGCAUGCGUGGAAGGAGGGGCGAGCGAAGCGAGCAUGCAGGCAGGUGGCGAACCGGUGGCAGCAAUAUGUGAAACCCACCCCUGGCACCCAUACUUGAACACACACAGACAUAUCCCGGGUGAUGUGAGGAUGUGGAAUCCUUCCCUUUGGCAACAGUUCAAGCGAAGCAAUCCAUUGAGGAUGCCACGCGACUCUCUCACCUUGAAGAGUAAAAGCAAAACAUCUCCCUCAAAGCUCUCAAAGGGUCUCCAGCUUCAAUAUAUAGUACCUAAGCUCAAACUGCCCAAGGAGCUGCUGAUCCAAUUCUACAGAGGAAUUAUUGAGUCUGUCAUUUGCACCUCUAUAACUGUCUGGUUCGGUUCUGCAACCCAACAAGAAAAACACAGACUUCAGAGGAUAAUUAGAACUGCAGAAGAAACAAUUGCUACCAACCUGCCUUCCAUUGAGGACCUGUAUACUGCACGAAUCAAGAAGAGGGCCGUGAAAAUAUUUACAGAUCCCUCACAUCCUGGACAUAAACUGUUUCAACCCCUACCCUCAAAACGACGCUAUAGAGCACUGCACACCAGAAAAACUAGACACAAGAACAGUUUUUUCCCGAAGGCCAUCACUCUGCUAAACAAAUAAUUCCAUCAACACUGUCAGACUAUUUACUGAAUCUGCACUACUAUUAAUCGUUUCAUAGUUCCCAUCACCAAUCUCUUUCCACUUAUGACUGUAUGACUAUAACUUUUUGCUGGCAAUCCUUAUGAUUUAUAUUGAUAUAUUGACCAUCAAUUGUGUUGUAAAUGUCGUACCUUGAUGAACGUAUCUUUUCUUUUAUGUACACUGAGAGCA